ACAAAAAGAGAGAAAAGAAAACAGAAGGAAUGAGAAAAAUAAAAACUAGAAGUAGAAGAAAAGAGAAACAUUAACAGGUCGAAGCUCGAAGCCUGGCCAGUCGCCGGUAAGUCGCUUCUCUAAGGGAAUCGCCGUUCGCAAUUCUUAGGGUUUUGGAGAAUUGGGGGAAAUCAAGUGCCGGAAUCGCCGUUCGCAAUUUUUUGAUAUAAACAAUGUUCGAGGGACCAGUUCGACAAUUGCUACUUGGUUAUCUUGGAAAAUACAUCAAAGAUUUUCAUCAACAGCAACUUAAAAUCACUUUAGAUGAAAUUGUAUUGAAGGAUGUGCAGCUUAUUCUUGAAGCAUUUGACUAUCUUCAAUUGCCGGUUGCUCUCAAACAAUGUCAUGUUGGUAGGCUUAGAAUUGGAAUUUCUUGGAAAAAGCUGAGUUGGGAGUCUUGGGACCCUAUUGUAAUAAGCUUAGAACUUGAAGAUGUCCAUUUUUGUGCUGGUCCACGUGAUGAUCAUGAGUGGAGCGUAGAUGCUGUUGAAAGAAGAGAAUUAGCUGCUAAAAAAGCAAAGCUUGCUGCUGCAGAGUUGGCAAAACUGUCAAGACGUGUCUGUGAUAAUCAAGCAGGGCAAUCAUUGAUCUCGCAUGUGACUGGAAGGAUCCUUGAUAGCAUUCAAGUAUCUAUGAGGAAUGUUCAUAUAGUAUAUUGUGAUACAGAGUCUCCAUCGAUGCUUUUUGGUUUAAGAUUUUCAAGCUUGGAGAUGAAGCAAGCUCCUGAUGGGCCCUUGAGCUCAAAGGCAAGAGGUGGUCAGGUCAACAAGACUGUGGAGAUCUAUGGUCUGGGGAUUUACUGUUGCACCCUUGAAGGGUUUCUGAAUUCCUUGAAUGCCAAUGUUAUUAAAGAAAAUGUAUUGUGGCAAUAUGCAACAACUAAUGUGGAUAAAUAUGACUAUUUAGUGACACCCUUUGAUUUAUCUCUACAGGUGACAAAGUCUGGAAAGCUUGAGCUUGAUGCUCCUCAAUAUUCUGUUGCCGCUGAGUUGACUAAACUGGUCAUGACCAUAAAUCCUACUCAGCUACAGCACAUCUUGAAGUUUUCAGACUAUAUCUGUACAUGUCAGCUGAGGGAAAAGUAUGGACGCUACCGUCCUUGGGACUGUCCAUUAUCAAAGAAAGUGAAAGGAUGGCAGAAGGUCUGGUGGCGCUAUGCUAAAGAAUCUGUUAUUUUUGAUGUUCGUAAGAGACGGAAGAAAACAUCAUGGUGGUAUCUCGGGCAAAAACUAGUUCAUCUUCGGAAAUAUGUGAAUUUGUACAAGGUCAAAUUGGAUUUCCUUCAGAGGGAGCAGCCAGUUGAUCAAGAUACACAAUUCAAAUUGGAGCAAAUGGAGAAGGAUGUUGACUUGGAGGAUAUCUUACGGUUUCGAUCUAUUGCAGAACAGGAGUUAGAGGAUUCUCAAAGCUCGGUAUCCUCUGAUGCUAUAGAAGGCAGCAGUCCAGCAGAAGAUGGUCCGGAUGACGAAGUUUCAACUGUUAAAUCUCGUGGAUGGCUGAACUGGUUAUCUCGUGGGGUUCUGGGUGCUGGAGGAACUGAUGAUUCUAGUCAGUUUUCUGGAGUAGUCUCAGAUGAGGUCUUAAAGGAUAUUUGCAAAGCUACAAAGUUUCAGCCUAUGCCUAAUGUGAACUUAGCUUCCAGUGGCGUAGCAUUCCUGUUUGCUGUCAACUUCCACAUUUCUGAGAUGUCAAUAUCGAUGAAUAGCUCGAAAUUGGGCCAAGAGAUAGCAGAGUUGAGCAGCUGUGCCAAUCAAAUUGAGUUCAAUGUCUGGGAAGAAUCCACUACAAUCCUAGCGAAAGUUGGGUCUGCAAAGGUCACCAGUUCGUCUAAACAGAUGGCAUUAUUGCAAAUGAAAAAGGUAUUCAAUGGAGAGAAUGGUUUGCUAAGUGGAACAUCUCCCUCAAGCAUCGAAGUUGAUAUUGCAUUGAAGAAUCAGAUGGCAGAAUCAAUGUUCAGGGUUAAGGUUCAGCCAGUUGAAAUAUAUUGCGAUUUGGAGUCUCUUCUUCCUUUUGGGGAGUUCUUCAGCGUUAUGGGAUCCCACAAAUCUUUGCAGCAAAGGGUCCUUUUGUCUCUGAAUGGCAUUAAAGAUGCCAGUUGUCGACUACAAUCUAAAGCAGAGUGUGUUCGGUCUGGUAGGCAAAGGGUCGUUUGGGAUGUUAAUUUUGUCAAUGUCUCCAUCAGUUUCCCUUGGAAAAAUGCUAAUUCAGAAUCAUGCAGCUUGACAGUACAGACUAAUGGUCUAUGGGUGUCGUCCAACUUAAAUAUCUCUUCUGUUUCACUGAAAAAGAAAGAUCAAUAUCAAAUAUCCCUCAUGAAGAGUUUGCUUGGUCGGGAAGAUGGUGAUGAAAUUCUUAAUGCACUGCCGCUUGACAUAUAUGACCAUUAUGAAGUGAGCAUGGGUGAUUUUCAGGUGACCUUGAAUGACCCCGUUUUACCUCAAGGAUUGUCAGUGGUGGAGAAAUUCUCUGUUUCCGUCUCGCUUGCUCAUUGCAUCAUCCCAGAUGAAAUGAUGCUGAAGCAACUAGAGGCUCGCUUUAUACUAUCAUCUCUUCAUGUGCACUUUUCUGCGGUGAUUCAUAAUGCUUUUCUGAGCCUAGCUGAACAUAUUCACCUUUUAUCUUCCAACUCUAAACAAGUCCUGGAGACAAGCUCCCAACUGCCAAACACUUCAUCAUGUUAUCCAACAAUGCCAUUUCAUUUUUCAAUAGCUGCGAAUUUAGAACUGUUCAAUUUGGAAGUUGAUCUUGGUGAUUGUCAGAAUAAUAUCUUUAUGAUGCUCAGUCUACGGAAUGUAAAUCUGAAGUUUGCUCACAGUCAAGUUGAAGAUUGCUGGGUCUCUAUAAGGGUGAUAAAAAUCUUUAGCUACAGACAGAUGGAUAAUCGCAAGAUUAUUUGCUCAUCCAGGAUGACUGGUGACGAAGAUAUUUUGCAUCAACAAACUGUAAGGAGUGAGAAUGGUGGUGAUCGUGAUUGGAAUGAAUUAAUGAAUGGGUGCUUUCUUUUGCAUUAUGUAGCUGACACAAGUGGGCAGUUAACUAAUCAUCGUUGCACGUUAUACUUAAGUGACAUUGAUUUUCAUUGCUAUCCUGAUAUAGUGCAGUUGCUGGUUGGUUUCUUUGAGAAAUUGAUGCUUAAUGGAUCUGGGGUUGACAAAAAUUCUCUCUACCAGGAGUCGAAUUCAACAAAUGCUCUUACUUCUAAUUUGCAGAGGUUUGGUGUAUCGAAUUUUUGUGAAAAUGGACAAGCUGAAUGGGCAAACAUCCCUCUGGAUCGAUUCCCCUUUAUCUCAAUACGUAAUUCUGGUCGUCUCCGAGAUCUUGAUAGCGCCAUCAUUAUUCCCGAGUGGAUGAAUAUUAAAAUGGGAGAGAAGAAUGUUGGGAAUUUAGACUGUAAGAAGAAUCUAAAAACACCAUUUGUGAAGGCCCCUGAGCCAGGUGACAACUGUAUGAAUUUGAGUUUAUUGAAUGUGCAAGUAGACAUGGAAAAUGUUAGAAUACAUUUUCAUGAUUUGUCGUGUGUUAUAGGUAGCAUUACUAUACCAGUUGGUAAAGCUUCAAUUAGUAGUAACUCAGACCAGUUUGAUGUACUGUCUUCUGUUGAGGGGCUUACUCUCUUUUCUGAGUGGUGGACAUGUAAUUUUCAGGAAUUUCUGUGGGGGCCUACACACCCUAAUAUUUUUCCUGUGUUAAAUAUACGGAUAAGGAGAGGAAGUGCUUACCAUAUGAAUUCUGAUUUGGAGAUUAGUUUUGGCAUUCAGCAUGUUUGUUGUGUACUACCCCCUGAAUAUUUAGCAAUAUUGAUUGGUUACUUUACCUUGCCUGAUUGGAGUUCAAAUGAUGGUGAGCAUCAGGCAACAGAGAAAUAUGACCAUAUUGAUACAGAUUAUCAUGGAUCCAUAGUCUAUAAGUUCGAGAUAAUAGAGUCCGUCUUAAUAUCACCUGUUGAAAGCAACAAGAAGCAAUUUCUGAAGCUUGAUAUACCACAGCUUUACUGCAGUUUUAUUGAAGAUGAUGCCUUGGAAAAAGCAUCUAUAUCUGUUUUUUCGGAGUUUUCUAUUCAGGAGGAUGAAGUAGCUGAUAGAGCUCACUCUUUGAAUAUGUUUGGACGGGAUUUGCAUCUUUCAUUUCUGACUCUUAAGGACUUUGGAUCUGAAAUUUCAGUAUCUGAUAAAAAUUCUGAGAAUGAAAGCUGUACUUUAGUUCAUUCACUUGGUGUUGAUCUUUGGCUUAGGCUUUCAGAAAAUUCAGUCUCACAAUCAUCAAUGUAUAUUUUGACUAAAAUUGCAUGCUGCGAACUCAAUGCUGAAGACAGCAAUUUUAUCUGUGGGUUUGGAGCAUUUACAGAGGUAAUUGAUCAGUAUGCAUUGGUUGACAAAAAAUCCCAAUAUUUCAAAAGCGACAUUCCCGGAUUUUUUGAGUUGAUUAAUUCUCUCAAGGAUAUCAACAGUGGAAAUCCAGAAGACUCAAGCAUGGCAGUGACAGAAAUAAGGUGCUGCGUCACAUCAAUGGCUGUUAAUCUAAUUAGCUUAAAAAGAGACUCAAAUUCUCGAGAUGUGAUUGGGAGACUGGAGUUGGAUUUUAUACUAUCAGCAACUCUACAGAGUGACUUAUUAUUGUGUUUGGAUAUCCAAAUCUCUACACUGUUGCUGUCUGCAUCGCAUAAGUCCAUACGUCUAGCACAAUGUUUAUCGGACAGCGCAUGUGCAUCAGUUCGUGAUAUAUGUCUGUCCGCCAAUCAGCAAUAUGUUAUCGACCUUCACAUUGCAAUUCCUUCCUUGGAUAUAUGGCUUCAUCUAUCUGAUUGGGUCACGGUGAUUGAUCAUGUGUAUUCAUGUUUUUUACAAUACCCCCAAGGUUCAGUUGGGGACACUACUGGGCGGGGGGAACUUUCAGAGCAGACGUCCCUGCAAUCUCAGACUUUAUCAUUGCCAGGGUCAAACAGGUUGGGAGACAAUGCUGUUUCUGUAGUUGUGAAGUCCAAAAACAUUAAUGUAUCAUGCCAUAUCCCUCUAUGGGUCAGUGAAAAUGCAAUUGCACAAUCAGAUUACUUAGAAUCUCAUGGCUUGAAUUCAGAAACUCAUAAUUCAUUAAGUGGAGGAAAGGACACCAAAUUCCUAACAGUUACUUUGCAGAGCCGAAGCUUUGAACUGCAAGUUAAUGGCCGUAAUUUGAAUUUAAAAUCUGAUUUUGAAAAAUUAACUGGGUCAGUGGGAAUAUGUGAGAGUGGUUCUGUACAGUCUUGGCCAUUCUUCCAGCUAUUUCAGCUAGGCAUAGAUAUGCAUAUCUGUGAAUAUGAGGAAGUCCAAAUAGGGGUCAAAGUUCAGGUCCAUUGUGAAGCUUUUGAUGUUUGGUUGUCACAACAAGUAUUCUACUUUUGGCAAUGUAUUGAGUUUGGGACAGCUGAGGCUAAUUCAGAGAUCACUUUCAGGACUUUUGAUCUGAAACUGCAACUAAAGAAAGCCUCACUUUUGCUCACUGAUGGAAGGUUGAGUGGUAAUGGGCCUUUGAUAGAGUUACUCAUGAAGGAUUUGUUUUUCCUUGUGGAGAAUACCACUAAUUUCUCUGCUGAGGGAGACCUGCUUGUCAACUACAAUAACAUCCACAAGGUCAUGUGGGAACCCUUACUAGAGCCUUGGAGCUUUCAGGUUACUAUGACCAGAAAUUAUGAUAAGGAUGCUCCCCUUGGCUGUGGCAAUAUUACGGAUGUACUACUCGAGUCGACCACUCAACUGAAUAUAAAUAUUACCAAAUCACUCUGUGAGGUUGUCUUGAGGGCCAUGGAGAUGAUCAAGGAAUCUAGGGACCUGGUGCAAACAUAUGAGGUUCCUAAGAGCCAAAGACUGCAGAAUCUUCAGUGCAUUGAUAAUUUGUGCACAAGAAGAUAUGCUUCUUAUACCAUUCAUAACAUGACCUCCUUGCCCUUUGUAUUUCAUGUCCAUCAAGGUCUUGGACAUUCUGAGAAUGUUGAUGUGUCUACUUCAGCAUACAAGAACACUGUUCAACCAGGUGCAUCUAUUCCUAUUUACAUUAAUGGGACACUUGAGGAACCAGCAUUUAGUGAUAGACCAGCUUCUUCUUCUGAAGGGCAUAGCAAGAAAUUAUCAAGCAAGGCUGGGCAUUCUUUCAUGACCAUCCAAUUUGAGGGAACUUCUGAAAGUUCUGAACCAAUCUCAAUGGAUCUUGUUGGUCUUACAUACUUUGAUGUGAACUUUUCAAACGACAACAAGAGGGCAGAUGCAAAUAUUGGGCUUCUUGUACCUGUGGUGUUUGAUGUAUCUUUGCAGCGAUAUAGCAAGCUCAUACGACUGUAUUCUACUGUCAUAUUUAAAAAUUCAACGUCUAUGCCGUUGCAGCUACGAUUUGACAUUCCUUUUGGCAUGUCAUCAAAGAUUGUAGAUUCAAUAAAACCUGGCGAUGAAUUUCCCCUGCCUUUACAUCUGGCAGAAGCAGGUCACAUGAUGUGGCGUCCUAAUGGUAACAAUUAUAUGUGGUGUGAAGUGCAUAAUCUUUCAAUGAUUCUCUCUCCUGAAAACAGGAGUGGAUUUUUGAGAUAUCUUGCUUGCAAUCCAUUUCAUCCAAGCAAUUAUUUGUUUCGUUGCUGCCUAUCUGUUCAAGACAUAAGCUUGUCUCUUUCUGGGAGAUUGAGGAGAUCACCCUGUCUCAGUAGUUCUUUGAAGCAAUCGGUCACAGCUUGUGAUCAGCCACAGCAACAUAAAAGGUCAAAGACCAGGUUCAUACAUCGUGUGACACUCACCACACCCUUAACAGUUAAAAAUUAUCUUCCUCACCCUAUGUCUGUCACUAUAGAAGGUGGUGGAGCUACUCUCACAACAGUAGUCAAAGAGGUGGAAGCGUCAUUUUUUCAUGUUGAUUCUUCACAUGAUCUUGGUGUGACGUUCAACAUUGCUGGAUUUGGACCAGCAGCAGUGAAAUUUCCACGUGCAGAGACAUUCAGUGCAACAGCUAAACCUAGUGGAACUGUGUUGUCGCUGACAGAAACAAUGGCUUUAAGUGCUGAUUUGUCUGAUGGUUCUAUAUAUGUUGUGGUUGAGAAGAUGAUGGAUUCGUUAUCUGGUGCUCGGGAACUUUGCAUAUCAGUUCCAUUUUUGUUGUACAAUUGCACAGGAUUUGCACUGACAGUUUCAAGAUCAGACCACGAACUACAAGGAAAUCAUUGCAUUGUUCCUACUUGCUAUGAUUCAACUGAGCAGGGAUUAUUCAUUGAUCAGAAGGAUGGUCUUCAUCUCUUACCAUCUGAGGAUAAGCCACAUCCUAGAGCCUUGAAUUAUGACAGUGAAAGUUAUCUGUCCAAAAAACAUGUUAUUCCUUCCAAGAAAUUCGUUAAUCCACAUUCAGGAAUAAUACUAACGCAGUCGUCAGUUUCACAUGGUACUUUGUAUCAUCAAUCUGUGAACCAGAUGGAUUUGGUUGAACAAGAGGAUUCUCAAAACAACUUGACCAGGAAUUCAGACAUUGACAAUCAAUCCGAAUUUAAAGUCUCCAAUGUUUCAAAUAAUGAAUGUCUAAAAGCUAUCCCGGUUAUGUACUCUCCUGAUCCUAGUUCUGUUGCUAGUGAAAUAAUGGUCAAAGUGACGAGGUACCCUGCUGAAUAUCCAAUAGAAAAUUUACCCAGCUCAUCAUGGUCAAGCCCCUUUUUCCUUGUUGCUCCUAGUGGGUCAACUGCAGUUUUGGUUCCAGAACCAUCUUCAAGCUCUGCAUCUGUUAUAUCUGUGACAUCACAUCUACUUGAUACUCCACUUAUGGGUCGGACAAGAGCCAUAACAUUCCAGCCAAGAUAUGUGAUCAGUAAUGCAUGCAGCAAGCCUUUGUGGUAUAAACAGAAGGACACUGAUUUUCUUGUCCGUUUAGGCAUUGGGCAACACUCUCAUCUCCACUGGAUAGAUACUACAAGGGAGUUGCUUCUUACUGCAUGUUUUGAUGAAACUGGAUGUCAGUGGUCAGGCAGCUUUCAUCCUGAUCAUCUGGGCGAUACACAAGUGAAAAUGCGGAAUUAUUUUUCUGGUGCAUCAAAUGUCAUUCGAAUUGAAGUUCAGAAUGCUGAUGUCAUUCAAGAUGAGAAGAUAAUUGACAAUGCCAUUGGCAAGUCAGGAACAAAUUUCAUUCUUCUUUCUGAUGAUGACACAGGCUUCAUGCCUUACAGAAUUGAUAAUUUCACUAAGGAGACUCUGCGAAUUUACCAACAGAAGUGUGAAACUCUGGAAACAAUAGUCCAUCCAUACACUUCGUGCCCUUAUGCUUGGGAUGAGCCUUUUUUUCCCCAUCGACUGAUUGUUGAGAUCCCUGGAAAGCGCACAUUAGGGCGGCUGGGACCAUAUACCCUUGAUGAUGUCAAGGAAUAUCCACCUAUAAAGUUAGUGACAUCUUCAAUGUCAUUAGAGAGGCAUGAAAAGACAUUGCUUUCAUCAGUCCGUGCAGAGGGUGCAAUAAAGGUUCUCAGUAUAAUUGAUUCAAGCUGUCAUGUUUUAGAAGAGGUGAAAAGUCCAAGCUCAAUUUCAUCUGGGAAAAAAGAAAAUAAAGGGGUGGAAAUGAAUAUUGAUUACAAGGAGAAAGUAUCUGUCAAGAUAUCAUUUAUUGGGAUCUCCUUGAUGGACUCAUCUCCUCAGGAGUUGCUUUAUGCAUCUGCAAAGGACAUAAGAUUUGAUUUUCUCCAGAGUGUGGAGCGACAAAGUUUUUCCUUUCAAAUCUUGUCAUUACAAAUUGAUAAUCAAUUGCGUGGUACACCAUAUCCAGUUGUUUUGUCUUUUGAUGAAGACUUCAAAGGUAGCCUUGUCAGCCAGAUGAGAAAUAAAGAUGGAGGAGCAAAGACUAAAAUUGAAAGUAUGAUGACUUAUGCUGUUGGGAUCUCCUCUGAACCUAAGAUAUGUUUGGCAGCUUCAAAAUGGAGGAAUAAAGAGAUGAUGUUGCUUUCAUUUGAAUACAUAAGCUUAAGGAUUGGAGAUCUAUCUCUUGAGCUUGAUCUGGAGCUACUUUUGAAGCUGCUUGAGUUUAUUAAGGCAAUCCUUUUGUUAAAUUCUGAUAAUCCAUCUUCAGUAACAGUGAAUGAUGAUUUAUGCAAGCUGGGUGUAGUGGACAGAUCUUUUUCUUUUGCUCCACAGAAUUCUGAGUAUUUGCAAACCAAUGGGGAUAAUCAGUUCCCUAAGAAUCUGUAUACUCUUUCUGAUAAUCACACCAAUACCCCAUUAUUGCCAGAAGUAGUUCCUAUAGGAGCUCCUUGGCAGAAAAUUUUUCUUCUGGCCAGAAGACAGGAUAAGAUUUAUGUUGAAGCUUUUUCUUUGGCUCCUGUUAAAAUGACUUUGAGUUUUUCAAGCAAUCCAUGGAUGCUAAAAUCAGCAGGUUUGUCAUCUGGUGAAUCUCUCAUCCAUAGAGGUAUUAUGGCUCUUGCUGAUGUUGAAGGAGCGCAAGUCUGCCUCAAGGAACUAACCAUUACACAUCAUAUGGCUAGCUGGGGAUCCAUUCAAGAAAUCCUCCUCAAACAUUACAGUAGGCAAUUUCUUCAUGAGAUGUACAAGGUGUUUGGGUCUGCUGGUGUGAUUGGAAAUCCAAUGGGCUUUGCUAGAAGGGUUGGGCUUGGAGUCAAGGACUUCUUUUCCGUUCCAGCAAAAGGAGCUCUGCAGAGUCCUUCUGGGCUGAUCUCUGGAAUGGCCCAAGGCACUAGUAGCCUGCUUAGCAACACACUCUAUGCUAUGAGUGAUACUGCAACACAGUUCAGUAAAGCUGCUCAUAAGGGAAUUGUUGCUUUUACAUUUGACAACCAUGAUGCCUCAAAACUGGAACAACAAAGGGUGGUUACUUCAUCUCGGAGCAAAGGCGUGAUAAAUGAAUUGUUUGAGGGACUAACUGGUCUUCUGCAAUCGCCUAUUAAAGGAGCUGAAAAGCAUGGACUUCCAGGGGUUCUAUCAGGAUUUGCCUUGGGUGUAACUGGGCUUGUGGCAAAACCUGCGGCUAGUGUACUUGAAGCCACUGGAAGGACUGCACAAAGUAUAAGAAAUCGGAGUAGGCUUUACCGAACAGGACCGCAUCACUUGCGUGUCCGUCUUCCCAGGGCUUUGAGUGCAGAAUUGCCCCUCGGAUGCUAUUCUUGGGAUGAAGCAAUUGGUACAGCUGUGCUCUUGGAGGUUGAUGGUUCAAAAUUCAGGGAUGAGGUCCUAGUAAUGUGCAAAGCACUACAGGUUGCCGGGGAAUUUGUUGUUCUUACUGAAAAACUCAUCUUGAUUAUUGAAUGUUCUAGUUUAGUAGAUCUGGGAAAGUCUGUGUUUCAAGGAAUUGUUGCAGAACCAGAGUGGAAACUGGUAGCUGAAAUUGCUUUGGAGAGCGUGAUACAUCACAAAAUCGAUGGAAAGGUUAUGCACAUUGUCGGAAGCAGUUCGGAAGCCCUGAUUGGGAAAAGUCAGCAUCAUCACCAUAGAUGGACUGGAGGUAGGAUGAAGCUAUGGAGUAAAUCUCCAAAUCCACUUCCUCUCUUUCAGACUGAUUUGGAAUUCGCUUCCAAGGAAGAGGCUGAGUACUUCCUGGAAGUUUUGUCGUCUAUAAUCAAGAAGGGAAGAGAGCAAGGUUGGGGAAAGAUGUACCUUCUCCACCAAAGUAAUUUAAGAAAGUGAAUGGUCCAUUUUCUUGCAUUGUAAAUUUGUAGGUAUUUGUAACUUGUAAGAAUUGUAACCUGUAAAUCCACCCAAUUUUGUAUCUCCAUAUGUUUCCUUGCCGUAGAUUGCAGAGCUAGCUUAUGUGUUUCAAUUGCACACAUUUUGUAAAUACGAGGUACAGUAUAUAGGGUUGUGUACAUACAUUAUUCACUUAUUAUAUGUUUAUCCAAGUUUUAUAUAUUUGAAAUUUUCA